AUGAGUGCCCUAUUAUCGGAGGCAGACCUCAACGAUUUCAUCAGCCCUGCGCUUGCGUGCGUCAAGCCUACACAAGUUAGUGGGGGCAAGCAGAAGAACAAUAACGUCAAUGCGGACGGAGAGUACGAAGUGAGCACGGAGCCAGAUCAACUGGAGAAGGUCUCCAUCACGCUAUCAGACUGCCUCGCCUGUUCCGGCUGCAUAACAUCGAGCGAGGAGAUUCUUCUUAGCAGCCAAAGCCACUCGGUUUUCCUGGAAAACUGGGGGAAGCUUUCGCAGCAGCAAGACAAGUUUCUCGUUGUGAGCGUUUCGCCGCAAUGUAGACUUUCUCUUGCACACUACUACGGCCUAACGCUAGAGGCGGCCGACUUGUGUUUGAUGAAUUUUUUCCAAAGGCAGUUCCACUGCAAAUACAUGGUCGGCACGGAGAUGGGCAGAAUCGUAUCAAUCAACAAGACCGUGGAGAAGAUCGUUGCGAACAAGAGACAGAAACAGGAUGCUGGCGUAGACCGCAAGCCGCUGCUUUCUGCGGUGUGUCCCGGUUUCCUCAUAUACACGGAGAAGACCAAGCCGCAGUUGGCGCCUAUGCUGCUGAAUGUCAAAUCGCCGCAGCAGAUAACGGGCUCGCUGAUCAAAAACACGUUCGAGAGCCUCGGCGUCGCGUCUGAGUCGUUCUACCACCUGUCCCUGAUGCCUUGUUUCGACAAGAAACUGGAAGCGUCCCGGCCAGAGUCGCUUGACGACGGCAUAGACUGUGUCAUCACGCCGCGCGAAGUAGUGACGAUGCUACAGGAGUUAAGCCUGGACUUCAGCUCCUUCAUCACGGAAGACACAGCGCUGUAUGGGCGGCUAUCGCCGCCCGGAUGGGACCCGCGUGUCCACUGGGCUUCGAACCUAGGCGGCACCUGUGGCGGUUACGCCUACCAGUACGUAACAGCCAUGCAGAAACUACACCCAGGAAGUCAGAUGCUUGUCCUGGAGGGCAGGAAUAGCGACAUUGUCGAGUACCGGCUACAACAGUCUGACGACAUAAUAGCCGCCGCCAGCGAACUCUCCGGUUUCAGAAACAUCCAAAACCUGGUGCGCAAACUGACCUCGGCCACGGGCCCCGAGCGCAAGAGAAACAUCACCGCUCUGCGGAAGAGACGAAUGGGCCCCAACGCAAACUCACGCAAGAUGACGGCCGCCACGGCCGCCACGGCCGACCCGUACCACUCGGACUACAUCGAGGUGAACGCGUGUCCGGGUGCGUGCAUGAACGGCGGCGGCUUGCUCAAUGGCGAGCAAAACAGCCUCAAGAGGAAGCAAUUGGUACAAGCGCUGAACAAGCGCCAUGGCCAGGAACUGGAAAUGGUGGACCCGCUGGCGCUGGGGCCUAAGCUGGAGGAAGCGGCCAUGCGCCCGCUGUCACUGGAGUACAUCUUCGCGCCCGUCAAGCAGGCCGCCGAAAAGGACCUCGUCGCUGUUGGCAGCACCUGGUAA